GCGUGGAGACAACGGCUUUCUCGGGCACGAUCUCCUUCAAGGGCAAGUGCAUUGGAGUGUCGGAACCCGAAGACGGAGCGAUCAUCAAACUGAACGAGUGUGGCUGUCAAGACUGCUGGGUGAGCUGGGAGGCCCGGUCGGAGCAGCCAGGGGGCGACUGGAAGAUCUUUCACAUCCGCGACUUCCCUUCGGAAUCGGUGACUUCUUUCCGCUUGGCUGGAACAGACAAGUGCUUGGAUGUUCACGACCAUGCAGAUUGGCGGAAGUCUUCCGGACUGGACUCACCGAUGAACUACCUGCAGCUGUGGACCUGCAGCAUCAAUGAGCGGUCCCGGAAAGACCAGAAGUGGAUCGUGCAUCAGAGCCCCGACAAGAUCAGCUUCCAGCUGCAGUGGCUGACGGACCCCGGCCUGGCUCUGGACGUGCCGAAGGGCCAGAACCUGGUUGGUAGCAACAUCCAGAUUUACAAAUUUGUGAUGCAUUGGCCAAAUCAAAUUCUGCAAAGCCUCUGA